GUCCGAGCGCUCGUAUAAAUACACCUCCUCCCUGGGAUGAUUUCCUCCCACUGCUGCCCUCCGCCUAAACUCUGCCGCCUCGUACUCUAGGCUGUGAAGACAAGAAACCGCCAUCAUGUCUGAGAAGAAGAUGAACUCGAGCCGCAGGCAUCAUCUGAAGAGUCUGAUCCUGUCGAUCGGUGCAGGCUGGCUGGAGCAGGAGAAGAAGGACCUGGUCGCGGCCAAGGCGGCCUACAUGUCCGAGAACUGUCCCACCCCGUCCAUGAGCGGAGACCAGGCCGCACUCAUGGAAGCCUGCAAGAAGCUGCACGCCCUCCUCGACAAAGUGGAUGAAGAGAGGUACGACCUGGAGUCCAAAGUGGGCAAAGCUGAUAAAGAGAUCCAAGACCUGAAGAUCAAAGUGGUGGAUCUGGCCGGAGUGAAGAAACCUGCCCUGAAGAGAGUGCGUCUGUCGGCCGACGCCAUGCUGAAGGCUCUGCUGGGCUCCAAACACACGGUCAACAUGGACCUCAGGGCCAACCUGAAGCAGGUCAAGAAGGAGGUCAAAGAGGAGACGGUAGAUGCUGGCGACUGGCGUAAGAACGUCGAGGACAAAGCCGACAGGAAGAAGAUGUUCGAGACAACCUAAAGACUUGACCUCCGCUCCUGUAGUUGCUCUUUGGCUGGCACUUUUUAUGUUAAUUUUUGAAUUGAACUGAAAUAACUUUUGUUUCAUUAAAUCUGCAACUUUCA